UUGACGUUUAUAUCCUAACGUUGUGUUGCAUUGCGUCUGUUUUUUUAUUUACUUUUAUAAAUCUCUUUGAAACUACAUUUGUGUAUUAAUACUUUAAUAAUAAACAUACAAUAUUCCUAAUGCGUAUUACUACACCCUAAAUUGUGCAUAAUUUAGUGAUUGCACCAAAAUGACCACGCCAAUGACAGAUGACAUAAAUGCCAUAGCAAUCGGUUCAGAUGCUGAUUCUCAAACACACACUCAUGAAGCGUCGUCAAGUGCUAACGCUGAUGAUGGUUCAUCAAGCAAUGCUGCUACUCCCGCUAGCAGUGAGGGCCAAGCGUCUAGACAGUCAAACUUGCAGCGGAUCCAGCAAAGGAAGCUGCAAGUGUACAACUGGCCACAUAAUAAGAAAUUAUUGAAAUUGGCCAUUUACUCUGCUUGUCAGACCCCAGAAUGUAAUUGCAAUGGCUGGAAGACUCCAGUGGCACAGCAGACAGCCAGGCCCAAUACGCGGACAGAUAACCAACCUCUGGCCAGCUUUACAGACCCUUGCCGGAAUUGCAACCACAUAUUAGAAAAACAUGUGACCCAACUGCAAGGCCUGUCGGGCGCUGAAAUCAAUAGGCUACUUGCAGCUGUUGUUGAUGUGGAAAACAUAUUCAUGUCAAUGCACAGAGAGGAUGAUCAAGACACAAAAAGAGUGUAUUACUUUUUAUUUAAGUUGUUAAGAAAAUGCAUCCUCACCCGCUCAGAGCCGCAAAUAGAUGGUCCUCUCGGCCAGCCGCCCUUCGAGAAGCCCUCCAUAGCCCGAGCUAUCACCAACUUUGUGCUAUACAAGUUCAACACCCUGCCGCAGAGGGAAUGGCAAACUAUGUACGACCUGGCGAAGAUGUUCCUACAUUGCUUUAAUCAUUGGAAUUUUGAAACUCCUAGUGUCAGGAAAUUGCAAGUUUCAAAUCCCGAAGAUAUAUCUGCAUAUCAAAUUAAUUACACCAGAUGGCUGGUAUUCUGUCACGUGCCGGCAUUCUGCGACUCUCUGCCGCACUACGACACGUCGCUGGUGUUCGGGCGCACGCUGCUGCGCGCCGUGUUCAAGUCGGUCUGCCGCCAGCUCAUGGACAAGUGUCACUCCGAGAGGGACAGGAUGCCGCCUGAGAAGAGAGUACUAGUAUUGAACCACUUCCCACGUUUUCUGGGUUUGCUCGAGGAGGAGAUAUUCAGCGCCAACUCGCCAAUAUGGGACCCGGACUUCAAACAAAUGCCGCCCAAUCACCUGCAGACCAUUUUGGACAAGACACCUGGUAAGCGCGGUGAAUUCGAACGCGUUACCGCGACGGGAGAGAGUAGAGACGGCUUCACCACUGUGUCGCUGUCAUCAGGUUGCAUUAAGCAAGAGAAUCUUAAGCGUAGCGCGGAAUCUCGGUCGGAGAUCUCAUCUGGCAAGAGGAGGAGAUUAGAAGAGAGCGAUGACGUCAGCGAGAGGACUGUGGCAGAGAUCGUGGCCACCAUCUCAGAUCCUAACUAUAUGUGUGGCCCUGAUGCAUUAUUUCAAAUGCAAGCACCAAGGGAUGAAGCCGCCAAACUCGAAGAGCAGAGGAAACUGAUAGAGUUCCAUGUCAUUGGCAACUCUCUCACUGGCCCAGUCAACAAGCAGACCAUGUUGUGGCUCAUAGGUCUCCACAACGUUUUCUCCCACCAACUUCCCGAAAUGACUAAGGAAUACAUUUCGCAACUAGUUUUUGACCCAAAACACAAAACAUUAGCUCUUAUCAAGGAAGGGCGACCGAUUGGCGGCAUCUGUUUUAGGACUUUUCACUCACAGGGUUUCAGUGAGAUCGUAUUCUGCGCAGUGACAUCGAACGAGCAAGUGAAAGGUUACGGCACGCACCUGAUGAACCACCUCAAAGACUAUCACAUUCGCAACAAUAUAUUGCACUUUCUCACUUUCGCCGACGAGUUCGCUAUUGGUUACUUCAAGAAGCAAGGUUUCAGCAAGGACAUAAAGCUACCCCGCGCCAUGUAUCAGGGCUAUAUAAAGGAUUACGAAGGGGCCACUCUCAUGCACUGCGAACUCAACCCAAGAAUUGUAUACACAAAGUUCACGUCCGUCAUACGCCGUCAGAAAGAGAUUGUUAAGAAGUUAAUUGACAUGCGACAGAAAGAAGUGCGCAAAAUCCAUCCUGGCUUAACAUGUUUCAAAGAGGGGGUGCGCAGCAUCCCCGUGGAGGCGGUGGCCGGGCUGCGCGAGGCGGGCUACCGCGCCGCGCGCGCCGCGCCCGAGCCCGCGCACGACGCCGACCCCGCGCCGCUGCGCAACCUGCUGCACGCGGUCAAGAACCACGCGGCCGCUUGGCCUUUCCUGAAGCCAGUGGACAAAUCGGAAGUGCCUGACUACUACGACCAUAUUAAAUAUCCAAUGGACCUGCGCACAAUGAGCGAGCGUCUAAAGGCUCGCUACUACGUGUCCAAGCGGCUGUUCAUAGCGGACAUGACGCGCAUCUUCACCAACUGUCGCCUGUACAAUUCGCCAGAUACAGAUUAUUACAGAUGCGCUAACACAUUGGAAAAAUACUUCCAAGCUAAAAUGAAAGAAGCUGGCCUCUGGGAUAAAUAACUCUCCAAAAUAGUUCUAAUGUAUUGUUCUGUAAAUAUUAUAGUAAAAAAUAAACUAAGCGAAAUCUCGUUAUGUUGUGCUAUAAGCUAUAUAUUUUGGGGAUAAGUCGCAUUGCCCACCUUUAAAAACAAAAUAUAGUAUGUAUGGUAUUUUGUUCGUGUAAAAAAAAAUUAAAUUACUCAAUUACAAUAGUUCAUGUUUUUACCGUUAACAAACGAUAAAAUGAAAGGAAAUAAUAAGUAAAGUUAAAAGAACAUGCUGCUCAUAAUAUAAUGAUUCGGGAAUACUACACUAUGAAACACUAACGAUUUUGUUUCAAACUUUAAGGAAGAGAAAUGUUUCAAACAUAACAUUUUUUGUUCAUUUUUAUGAAGUAAUAACAGUAAUGCUGUAGCACUGUUUUCAAAAAAUUUAGUUAAUUUUAUUUAUAUAAUCAGCACUUAUUUAGUGCACUGCACUGCUGCACGCAAUUAGAUCCUGAAAGAGGUAUGAAUACAUUUGUGCUGUGACAUAGCUAAAAUUAGGUAAGAGUGAUUAAAAGUUAAAUCAUAGAGUUAAAAAAUACAUAAAACAUGUAGGUAUGUUGAAAUCAGAACAUGUGUUUAUUUUGUGUUUAAGAACGUCAGUAUCUUAAAAUUUUUACAUAUGACUGAGAUAAUUUUAUCAAAAAUAGUGAUUUUCAAUCACAUUAAGUGUUGUAAUAUCAUUAGAUACAAUGUUUGCACUACAAUAUCGUGUAGUCGGUUUUUGAUUUUUUAUAUUUAAUAAACUUUGAAAUUAUUAUAAA